ACUCCUCCACUCGACCUCAACCACCCCUGGUCUAGAGACAGACCCUCCCCUACCGACGACGACCGGCGGCGCGGCGUGGGGGCGCCGGGCAGCCAAUCUUGGCCUCCGCGCCGAGCACGCCCCCACCCAGCGCGGCCCGCGCCGGCCAUCUCCCUUCCUCCGGAGCGCCACGCGGUGCUCACCUCACCUCCUCGUCUCGUCGCGGGGGAAUCGCGCGCUCGUAGGAGGGUAAAGAUGCCAAACCUCAGCGCGAACCCACAAGCUGUACAUUUCCAGCUUCGCAUGAUGCUGUGACCAUGUGUCUGCUUCGAUGGCUCUGAAGGCUGUGUCUCGCGUACGGCCUGCGAGAUGGCGCCUGCUAUCAGUCAAACUCAUGUACCGUUCGUGCUCAGAUAUGGCUUCUUCUGCUGAUACAGGAAGUUCUUCUGAGUUUGAUUCGGCGAUUCGGUCGCUCAAUAGCAAUCUGCAGCCAGAGAGGCUGACCCGGGUUAUUGAUUCUACUUCCGAUUCUAGCUUGGCUCUGAGGAUCUUCAGAUGGGCUUCACAUCAGAGGUACAACGUUCGUACGGUCGACACCUACAGCUGUAUGAUCUCCAAGCUUACUGCUGCUGAAAAUCGGGAUGAUAUGGACAGCCUCCUCGGUGAGAUGGUCAGAUUUAGGAUCCCUGCAUUGGAGCAAGCCCUGAAUGAAUUGGUUCAGUCCCUGAGCAGUAAGAACCAAUUUGAUGAAGCUUUGCUGGUUAUCCAGCAUGCUACCUCUGCCAAGCUCAAGUUAUCAGUCUCAGCUUGUAAUGGCGUGCUGCGUGGUCUGGUCAAGCAAGGGAGUGGCCUGCGGUCAUUCAUGCUUGUGUACAUGGAGAUUGUGAAGUCUGGACUGCUUCCUGAUGUGGAAACACUGAAUUGGUUAAUUCAGGCCUUGUGUGAAUCUGGCCGUGUAGACCUGGCACUGAUUCAGUUUGACAGGAUGAGCAAGAAGAGAUGUUCUCCUAACAGCCAUACCUUUGAGAUACUCAUCAUGGCGCUUUGUUCUCACAACAGAGCAGAUGAAGCAGUGGAACUCUUUUGUAAGAUGCUGCAACUAGGAUGCACCCCUGAUAGUAGUUUUUAUGCUCAAGUAAUUCCCCUAUUUUGCAAGUUCAGUAAAGUCAAGGAGGCGAUUAAGUUGCAUCAAAUGAUGGAAGACAAUGGCCUUCAGUUGGAUAUGCAUUUGUACAGUGCCCUCAUUAGAUGCUUAUGUGAGAAUCAACUAUUGGAUGAUGCGAUAAUGAUGCUUAACAAAAUGAUAGCAUCAGGUCAUGCUCCAAUGGCAAGUGCAUAUGCGGACAUUGUGGAUUGCUACUGUACAUCAUCCAAGUUCCGCAAGGCUUUGAGCUUUCUGGAGGAAAAUGACGUCACAGAUUCAGAACCAUAUAAUGUGCUGCUGAGAUGGUUGUGCAUAGAUGGCAGAUUGCAGGAUUCAGUAAGAUAUCUUGAGAAAUUGCACAACAGAGGUUUGGUUGAUUGUGAGUCAUGGAACAUUGUUAUAACUCACUUCUGCAAUGAAGGAAACAUUAGAAGAGCAUCUGAGCUCAUUGGUAGAAUGGUUGUUUCUUCAUUUACACCAGAUGAGAGUACCUAUUCUGCCAUUAUAUCUUGUUACUGUCGAUUAGGAUUGUACAUAGAUGCCUUAGGUAUGUUCAGAAGGGUAAGUGUUAGAAACUUGUCCUUGAAUUCGGAAUCUUUCUCACAACUUGUUGAGGUUUUGUGUCACACAGAGAGGAUCCAAGAAGCUAUUGAGGUUUUUAAAUAUCACUCUAAAAGAGGUUGCAGUCUGACAAACAAGUCACUUCAUAUGCUAAUUCAAGGGAGUUGCUUGUCGGGAAGGAUUCGUGAAGCAGUGCAGUUGCGUUCAUUAGCUGUUUGCACCGGCACUUUUUGUAGUUUUUUCACUUAUGACGUAAUUAUUCAAGCACUACUCCAUUUGAAGAAGGAGAAGGAUGUAUUGGUUCUCUUUGCACAAAUGGUGAUGGAAGGUUAUCUGUUGGAUGGGUACGCAUACACUAGUCUGUUGCGCUCUUUCCUCACCAAGGAAACAAUUUUUGAGGCUGCUAUCUUGUUCAACAGAAUGGUGAAUCAGGCCCUUGUUCCUGACCAAGAGACAUUUGAAUUGUUAGUCAAUGAUAUGGCCUUUUUUUCUUUUCUUAAUAUGGUUGCACAAAGUUUACUGAAAGUGGUAAAUACAAGUGGAACCGUGAGCCCCAGAAUAUAUAACAUUAUUAUUUACGGCCUUAUUAAAGAAGGCUUCAAGAAUGAGGCAUGCAAGUUUCUAGAUCAAAUGCUAGAAAAGGGGUGGGUACCUGAUUCAAGGACACAUCAGGUCUUGGUUGGCAACAUUGGUGGCGAGAAGGCUAGAGAAGUUGGUCAAGUCUACCAGACAGUGGAUGAUGACAAUGUGAGCAACAUAUUGUUAGAGGGGCUAGAUUGAGGGUCGUAGACAGGCUUUUAGAUUUUAGUCGUUGUACUAUGGCAAAGAGAGGAAUUCCAUUGAUGAUUUGAACUCCAUAUUUGGUACAAUGUUUGAACUUUGAGGAUACAUUGUUUUGAGUUGAAA